ACGUCGAUCCGUAUAAUUCGAUGGUAGCUUGUGCAUGUAGGAGCAUAGGGUUAGGGAUAGGCAUAGCAAUCUUUCCAUAUCUACCUAUCCAAGUCCAUUGAUUGUUUUGUGCCACUGGCACUGGUAUCUUCAAAAAACAAGUAGAAAAGCAAAAGGUGGAAUUCAUUGGUUCUGGUCGCUUCUUCUACCAAGGAGCUUAUGCCUACGGUAGAAAUACUAUGGACCGGCAUUUUUACUCCGGCGCGAACUCGCUCUGGAGGAGCGCCAGUUGUACAAAAUAAACCCUUCACCUUCUAUUAGCUUCAUAAGCUUACCGCUCAUUAUCCUCAAGUCCAGACAAUCAUGCCCGGUCUCGACGACGACGAUGGUCCGAGCCCUGCUGCGCGUCCCACCCGCGGCGGCGGCGGCGGUAUCAUCCAGAAGUCGAAGACCUUCGCGUUAAAACUCGGGAAAUCACGCACCUUCGCGUUGGGCGGCGCCGAUGGCGAGGUGGACCCUUAUGACAAGAAGCUCCAGCAACUCCAAUCCGAGUACCGCGGGCCGAGUCGGGCGGCCCGGUUAGCAACCCGGUUUAAGAGGGAAAGGGAGAAGGCGGAGGCGGCGUUUCAAGCGCGGCGGAUUCGGGCGCUGCGGAUUUUGGAUCACCCCUUGUUCGAAGGUGUGGUUUUCCUCGCAAUCAUCGUGAAUGCGGUGUGGAUGGGCUUCGACACCGCGAGGCUGGAGGAGACCGAGGGAGAUGAGGAGGCCAGCAGACCAUUUUACUUCAUGAUCAUCGACACGCUGUUUAUCCUAGUGUUCGGGGCGGAAUUGGUGAUCCGGAUCCAGACCUACAAGAAGAUGUUUCGGGACUUCUGGGAUUGCCCCGUGAUGAAAUGGUGGAACCGUUUGGAGUCGAUUCUGCUCCUGCUCUACAUGGUCGACUCCUUCGCUCCCGCGGGGAGUUUAGACGGAGUUAAAGGGUUGUCGGUGCUGCGGUUGGGUCGGGUGACGAGGCUCGGAAAACUGUUGCGCGUCAUCCCCGGGUUUGACAUCAUUCUUGGCACUUUCAUGGAGGGGCUGUCGCACAUGAUUGCGGCCUUAAUGAUUUUGAUACUGUUCAUCUACGCCGGGGCGAUGCUGUUGACGAUUUGGUACUACCAAGUGAUGAGUUCAAAUUUGCGGGACGACUUCGAGCCGAUAUGCGGGGCCCUGUCGACUUCGAUGUUCACCACGUUCAAAAUGCUCACACUGAAUGAUGAAGGUAUAGGGAUGAAAUAAACUUGCCGUGAUGUUGCGCAUCCUCCGCACCAGGAACACAGAAUUGUUUUGCUUUUGACGAGCAAGAAGAGGUGCAACACAAAGAACGCAGCGCAUUGUACUAGUCAUGGACAACUCUGGCUUCUAGUACACCCUGCUGAUGAUGUUUUUCCGUCGUCUUCAACAUCACAAAUAUAAAUCUGUCCAGGUAUUACCGCCUUGCAGCGUAUUCUCACCCACCGCGAAGUUUCCUCCCUAGAGUCCACCGUCAUGCUGUUAAUUCUCGGGUCCUACAUGGCAACGGGCGGGCUGACCAUUCUGAACAUUCUAGUCGGGAUCUAUGUCGACGUUGUGGACCAGGUCCGGCAGAGGGAGUACGACUUAGACACCAUGGAGAAACUGAUCGACAUUUUUCACCUGAUCGACGUGAAAGGCACCGGCACGAUCACCCGCGAGGGCUUUCGGGAGCUGAAGCGGUACGUCGAUAAAGGGAUGCAGGUGGACUUGGAUCUCGAGCUGCUGGAGUUAGGAUUUGACCUCCUGGAAUUAGAACGGGAAGAAUUUCUCAAACACCGCAUAUGCACUGCAAAAGUAUCGUCCUAGUAUGAAUUGCAUCACAAAUUGACUUAGCAUUGCAGAUUUAAUUUGUAAUGGAUGCGGAUUUGCCUUAGAGAAAAGAUUUGUAACGCGUCAUUCUCAUUGCAAUUGGUACAACGACGAGACAAAUCCGAUACUUUUGCAAUGCAUACCGGAACCGUUUAGGCAAUGUCGACGCGGAGCACCGAGCGGCGGAGCGCGCGGAGCACGGAGGACAGCCGAGCAGCCCGGGUGGGUCGCAGGGGAAUAAAAACGGGUCAUCUUCAAACGAUAUUCACAAGGAAUACUACCAGACCAGUACGUCGCUGCACGAAAUGAACUUGCCGCAGUUUCUGAAGAUUGGGUUCAAAUUACUGCACCCGAUAGAAUCGCAGGAGGUGCUGUCGAUUCACAAGAAUGUCUGCUCUUUGCUGAAGCUCCUGGACGCUUUGCACUACGACAUGCUGAAUAAGACCCCGAUGCUGAAUUACGCGGCCGGCGAGUCGCUGAAGAAGUACAAAAUGGACAUCAUGAAGGGAAAAGUGAAGGAAAACCCAAGUUGGACGGAAAAAGAGAAGGAAAUGAACUUCCGGAAACUCGCACAGUACCCGAUCCUCUACCCCGCCGGGUCGAUCCAGCACGCGGUGCAGCAUCCGCUCAACGAGUUAUCCUGUGCAAAAGCAUCGUAUUCGUAUUGCAAUCAUGCAUUACAAAUCUUUUUCUUCGGGUAAAUUCGCAUUACAAAUUUUAUUUCUCAUGCUGAGGAACUUUGUCAUGCAUUUAUACGAAUACGAUACUUUUGCAGUUCAUACGAGUGCGCACGGUACAAGGAAAACAUCCAGUUGAGACGCCACAAGCAGGAGAUGAUGCAGGCAAGCGAGAAGCGGGAUGCGGAAUUGCUGUUUAUGGACUGCUAUGAAUUGCAAAAGUAUCGUACUCGUACAGAUUGCAGUCUGGCAUGACAAAUCUAACUUUCUACCUCCUUCAGCAUGGCAAACUGCGUUUUUGUUUUUGCGAAAUGAAUUUGUCAUGCGAUUUAUACUAGUAUACGAUGCUUUUGCAAUGCAUAACUGCUUGGAAUCGCGCGAUCCGGAUUUGUUUGUGAAAUCGCGAGAAGAUAUGAAAGUGCACAACAACUCCCAUUCCCCCUGUCAUUUGUAUUGCAUGGACAGCAAUACAAACAUCAGCACACAUGGAGCCUGUGCAUGACAAAUUCAUACGCCUAGUGUAGUACUGUUUGGGAUUCCGGAUCCGGAAAUUGUCAUGCAAACAGUGCCACAGGGAAGCGCUUGGAUUUGGGGUUUUGCAUGACAAAUGAGGUGGAGCGGGAGUAGUUGUGCACUCUCAUAGAAGACUACAACCCCGACGAUGUGAUCAACAAUCCGUUCACUUAUGAAAUGCAAAAGCAUCGUACUAGUAUAAAUCGCAUGACAAAUUUCCUGAGCAUGAGAAAUAAAAUUUGUAUUGCGGAUUUAGCUUUAGAAAAAAAUUUGCAUGAAAGAAUGCGAUUUUUAGUACGAGUACGAUACCUUUGCACAUGAUAUCACCUCCCCCGUCGCGACAAGCCGGUGCGAGCCUUUGGCGGAUCAGCUGGUAGCCGCGAAAGAGGGGAGGGUGGUAGACUUCAAGAAAACCGGGAAAGCCUCGAUAAGUUCGGCGAAGGGCGCACCGCUGGGACUGCGGGUGGUUGGCUCAGUCGCCGCUCUGGCGACUGGGAUGAAAUCGGCGAAGAUGAAUAAAAAGAAAAAGGAAGAGGACCAAGAGGACGACGAGGCCGACGUGCCAGACUAUGAGAGUGCACAAGUACUCCCCCUCCCCGUCGUUUGUCUUGCAAAGUACCAAACUCACACCUUGCUCGUAAGCACUGCUUGCAUGACAAAUUUUGGAGGCUGAAAUGGUACCACAGUCCGCACGCAGAUUUGGUGUUUGUCAUGCGGAAGCCCCUUUUCUGCUGUUGCUUGUGUUGCUGCUCAUGCCCUUCAAAUGAGGAGGAGGGGGAGUUGUGCACACUGAUACAGACAUUUUCAAAACCAAAAAAUCCUCGGACGGAGCAGAUGGCGGGAAGAAGGGCAGUCCGCUCGGCGGAGGGAAAAAAAAGAAAACCGGGUUGGAGAACUUGGCGAUGCUGAAAAAACAGGAAGAGGAAGCGAACGCGAUCACCGGUGUUGUCACGUUUGAGGGCCUAGACGCUGUUCGGAAGAACAUCGGUGGAGGAGGAGCAGAUGAUCCGGCAACUACGGGACAAGAAAACAAUACCCAGCCGGACCAGAUCACGACCGAAAAUCUUUUCGGCAGUCCAAACAAACCGGAGUUUGUCAUACCCGAUCGAGUAUCAAAUGCAAAAAUGUCUGGGUCUGGAAGAGGAGAAGUUUGUCAUGCACAUUUUCCAUGAUCCAUGAUGUCUCUGUUGUAUGCAAUAGCAUCACAGAUUUUUUGAGCGCCUAUCGGUAUCGAUGCGCGUCCUGCAUGACAAAUGCCUUCUCCGCGUAGCCAAAUUUGACUCCUCUUCUUGCUGCUCAUGCAAUACAGAUUUUUUGAGCAUCCAAAUGCAGCAUCACAAGUUUGGCUCUUCCAGACCCAGACAUAUUUGCAAUCCAUAUCGAGACAGUCGCGGCGCGGAAGCGCUGCCGGCCCAGUUGACUUCGGCGAGCCUGAAGCAAAUCCCCCUGAAAAAAUCCAGUUUGGAAGCGAGCUUGCCGGCGGCGAUAAAACUACCCGCACAGGAACAAGAGGGACCUAUAGAGCACAUCCCCUUCGCGGGGCUGACCGGCGGCGACGCUGCUCCACUGUCCCCCACUGCUGCGCCGUCAAUGUCGACGUCAAAACCGCUACAGGGGAUGAGUAAAGAGGCGGACAACGCCCAAGCGAAGAAACCCGUAUUCGGGAACAAGAAAGUGCCCCCGGUGCCGCUGAGUGUGCAAACUAACGGGGAACAAGCGAACUCGUCCGCGAGCUAUCCAAGAAAAAAAAUGCGUUAGUGUAACUUUCUUGGAGGAACAGCAUCACAGAUUUGUUUUGCAUGACAGAGAGAGCCUGUCAUGCGCGGCUAGUACGUGAAAAUACGUACGAAAAGAGCCUCCGAUGCAUGUCCAGCAUGACAGGUGUAACUGUUUUGCAUUUUCUGCAUCACAGACUUACACAGUUUUUUUUCUUGCAUACGAGCCCAGAGGAGAUCAAUCUCUCCUACAAUUCCCCCGACGUGAACGGCGCCUAUGCUGUGCAAAAGUAUCGCAGUCGUAUUGAUCGCAUUCAUGCAUUACAAAUUUCUUUCUCAAGUUGAAUCCGCAUUACAAAUUCUAUUUCUCAUGCUAAGGAGAUUUGUCAUGCGAUUUAUAAUACUAGUGCGAUAUUACUUUUGCAGUUCAUAGCGCCAACGCAGCAGCCCGAUCGCCGGGCACAAGUGCCUCUUCGCCCGAAGAGCGAGGGGCCAGUCCGUUUGGGAGGCUGGGAAAGCAGAACCCGCUGGAACGGUUGGGAAAAUAGUAUGGAGGACGGUGCUGGAGUAGGUGGAGUUGUACUAAGUAGUAAUGCUAAUGUCAUUCUGCUGAAGAUGUAAUAAUUGUAAGCUAAAACCUUUGCUAACAAGCCAAAAACCAGUUGAACAAACAAGGGAAAGCUUUCCUGAUGUAAAAUUGAUUCAACAUGAUUGACCAUUACUACAAUAAAGUUGGUAUGUCUGCUGGAUUUUUUGCAAUAAAUCAACAGUAUGAACGCGUCGAGAUGAAAUUAAACCAGAUAACGCGUCGAGAUGCAAUAAAGGCCCAGAUGAACGCACCAAACCAAUGCGAUGCUGUACCUCUUGCUUGCGUUUUCUGCAAAUAAAUUGGAACGAAAAUAUGUAUAGCUAUUCAUAGUAGCACUAGCCCUCUCUGCAGGUCGUGGGGGCUUCUCUUCGUGCACGGUGUCAGGGGCCGCUGUUCUAACUCCAUCCACUUGCUUGUAGCCUGAUCCUCAUAGCAGGUAAAGGUAAUAUUAGGUAGUAUGCGUAUUGAGAAGUAAUAACGUUAGUUGUGCGUUUACGUUUUACGCAGCUUUUUAAAUGAGAGUGUG